GACAGACCGAAGUUCGGUAAAAUGUUUUGGUCGGUUUUCUGCCGAUUUGUUUAUAUUUAAUAAGCAGGCGUUUACAAUUUCGGUUUAUAAUGAAAUGCUUUCCCAGCCCCUGCUGAUAAGUAUAAGGUGCACGCCCUGGAAAGCGAACAUAUGGUUUUUGUUUGUAAAGAAGCUGCAGCGACAAUCAUAACGAUGAUGAGUGCCACAAAAAAGCGCCUUAAGAUAGCGGCCGUCGUCACAAUUGUUCUAGGAUUAAUUUAUUUGUUGAGGUUUUUGAAUAAUACUUCCCUUAUCAGCAGAAGUAGUACAUCCGGGCAGCAGCAGGAGGAGGAACAACAACGCCAAUGGCCACCGACCGAAAAUGUACAACAACGAAACCUCCAAUUGGCUUAUGAGGAGCAACAUGCUCUAUUUGAGGCGCAGCAGCUAGAAAUGAAACACACCAAGGAGCAGCUGGUCCACCUUGAGGAGCAGAUACGUUCACUUCAGGCCAGUACGCCAAGGAAAUAUCCCAAGGUGAAAUAUUUAAACUAUAAGAAUCGCAAGAGGAUUCUCAUAACUGGAGGCGCAGGCUUUGUGGGUUCUCACUUGGUUGAUGAUCUGAUGAUACAGGGUCAUGAAAUUAUUGUUGUCGAUAAUUUCUUUACGGGACGCAAACGUAAUGUCGAACAUUGGCUGGGUCAUGAAAAUUUCGAGCUGAUUCAUCAUGACAUUGUGAAUCCGUUGUUCAUAGAGAUUGAUGAGAUCUAUCAUUUGGCUUCUCCAGCAUCACCACCGCAUUACAUGUAUAAUCCUGUGAAAACCAUUAAGACAAAUACCAUGGGCACUAUCAACGUGCUCGGCUUGGCCAAGCGAGUAAUGGCGAAAGUCUUAAUAGCGAGCACAUCCGAGGUCUACGGUGAUCCUACAGUGCAUCCCCAGCCGGAAACCUAUUGGGGACAUGUGAAUCCAAUUGGACCCAGAGCUUGUUAUGAUGAGGGGAAGCGUGUGUCAGAGACCCUUAGCUAUGCCUAUGCUAAGCAGGAAAAAGUGCAAGUUCGGGUCGCUCGUAUCUUCAAUACGUAUGGACCGCGAAUGCAUAUGAAUGAUGGCCGAGUUGUAUCCAAUUUCAUUUUACAAGCUCUGCGCAAUGAAACCAUCACAGUCUAUGGCAAUGGGAAACAAACGCGAUCAUUUCAAUAUGUAUCCGAUCUGGUGGAUGGUAUGAUUGCUUUAAUGGCUUCUAAUUAUACACAGCCCGUCAAUUUGGGUAAUCCUGUGGAGCAGUCUAUUGAGGAAUUCGCACAAAUCAUAAAACAACUGGUGGGCGGGCCUAGCGAGAUCAAACAGACCAAAGCCAUGGAGGAUGAUCCACAGCGUCGUAAGCCGGAUAUAACACGAGCUAAAACGCUGCUCAAAUGGGAGCCGAAGGUGCCACUUGAAACUGGUCUAAUGAAGACUAUCUCAUAUUUUCGUAAUGAAUUGGCACGCAGUGAUCGUUUUCAGGAGAAUUCUAAAAAAUACUUUGAAUCGCCGGAUCUGCAGCGCAGUCGGCCGUAAGAAGUUACUUUUACUAUCUAUAAAUAGGAGAAUGAUAUUGUAAAUUCGUGUGUGCCUGCAUGGAACGUCUCUAGUCUGCAAUGUAAAUAUGACCAUCGAUAGCGCUAAUUGUAAUCGGGAUUAUUGAUAUCAUACUUAUAAACGAAUAUAGUGAUAUUCUUCAGUCGUAGUAGAAAUAAAUCAA